AUGGUCACCCUAUGGCAGCUAUUUUACGUCUUAGCAUCACCGUUCAUCAAGAUCAGCAUUUGUGCGAACCUGAUCCGAAUCGCCACACAGCGCCGCUACGUCUACCCGUUAUACUUAGCUUCGCUCCUCAGCACAGCCAUGACUGUCAUGGCUUUCAUCAUCGUCUUUAUUCAAUGCAUUCCCUUUACAGCCUCCUGGACCGGGAACGGGAAAUGUAUCUCGAUUAGAAUCAUCAUCAUUCCCACAUAUGUCUUCUCCGCAGUCAACAUCUUUGUGGACUGGGUCGUUGCCAUCUUGCCAGCAUUUAUCUUGUGGGACCUCCAGCUUCGCCGGAAGCUAAAGCUCUUGUGUUAUUCUAUCUUAGCCGUGGGUGUUUUGCUGAUUUGCGGCAAUUUUUCAUGUAUAGACAAGAUUGGCGACGUUAUCGUUUGGACGGUAGUUGAGCUUAGCCUUGGAAUUCUUGCGGGAUCCCUACCUUCGCUGCGCAAACUGUUCAAGAGUCUUUCAGCAGACCACAGUACCGGUGAUCAAUCAUACGGAACCGACCUUCCGACGUUGGGACGGAGAAAGAGAAACCGAGCUACACAGAACGAUACGUACGACUGCGAGCUGAACAUAACUGUGAGAGCCGAGAGGGACGGUAGCAGUGACGGUGCCCCAGAGAAGGAUGACGAUAGUACGCGACAUAUCAUCCACGUCACGCGAGAUGUCACCCAGGUCUCUAUCCAGGAGGCCCCAUGA